AAAUCAAAACUCUUGCUAAUCCUGUGUUAGCUUAAUGAGGCUUUGAACAACCUGGUCCUGUUACGUAUUUAUAUGGUGAUGACAAUGCUGGUUGUGUUUUCCUUGUGCUGCAAAAGGUACAUAUGUACACACUGUAAGUAGGAAUCUGUUCUCCAUAUCAAGAUCUCACUUGUCUGCCAGAAGUAACUUACUCAUGAAUAAUUUGUGUAUGUAAGAAGAAAUUAGGUGUUGCUCACUCUUGAAAACAUUAUGAUGUUCAAUUUUAUUUUUUUCUUGAAUGUGUCAAUUGAUAUGGAUUUUUUUAACUGCACACAGGUUCUCUUACUGGAGGCCAGAGGAUUACUAUCGAGGUACAAUCAAGCAAGAAUGUGGCAGCUGUAACUGUGGAUGGGACGAAAGUGUUAGAGGCUACUGAGGAACAAACCAGAGGUGUGAAUGUCGCAGUCCUCAACCAAAUGACAGGUGCUGUCAUGGCGACAAGAUCUUUUGAUACUUUUGCAAGUAAAGAAGAUUCAGACGCUCUUGUUCUGUUUGUCAACAUGGUUUCCGAUGGAAGAAUUCUCUGCUUUGCCAUAAGGGACGAAGGAACAUAUCAACUAAAGAAGACAGCACGUAAUCUUAUGAGCACGCUUGGUAGUGAAAACUUUAAGAACCUAAACUUUAGAGAUACCUGGGCCUUUGUGGUGCAAAAACGAGGGGCUGUUAGUGCAGAGGGACACAGAAAGGCCCCUGAUUUUGACUCGUGGGCUGAGCCCCUAACAAUCCAGGCCUUAGUGACAUUACAGUCCAAAGACACUGCAUCUUGUUCAUGGGAUGAUAGUGACACAACAAGGAGAAGAAGGGAGUUCUGCGAGAAGUUUGAAGGAUAUGGCAGUGUGUGCAGCUGUUCAAACCCUGCUCCGCUGGACAUAAAGUCAGACCUUUUACCUAACGGAGAGAAAAUGACUCUGCCAGUCGCCAUCAUAGCCAGCAACAGACCGAACUACCUAUAUCGCAUGAUCCGUUCCGUUCUGUCUGCCCAGGGAGCAGACCCUAGCAAAAUUACCGUCUUCAUUGAUGGAUAUUUUGAAGAGCCUUUGGCUGUCGCCCGGUUGUUCGGUAUCAGAGGGAUCCAGCAUACCCCUGUCAGUAGCAAAAAUGCAAGAAUAUCUCAGCAUUACAAAGCUAGUUUAACCACGACCUUCAAUUUGUAUCCCGAUGCCAAUUUCAUGAUCAUACUGGAGGAAGAUUUAGAUGUGUCCACUGAUAUAUUCUGGUAUUUUCAUCAGCUGUUACCACUUCUUAAGGAGGACGAAAGCUUAUAUUGUGUAUCGGCAUGGAAUGAUCAGGGAUAUGAACACACAGUUGGUGACCCAGCAUUGCUGUACCGAAUAGAAACCAUGCCAGGACUUGGUUGGGUUUUAAAGCGUAAAAUGUACAAAGAAGAACUAGAACCAAAAUGGCCGACACCAGACAAGUUCUGGGAUUGGGAUAUGUGGAUGAGACUACCCGAGAACAGACUGGACAGGGAGUGUAUAAUUCCCGAUAUCUCACGCACUUAUCACUUUGGAUCAAAAGGACUCAAUAUGCAUCCGUACUUUCAAGAAAUGUACUUCAAGAAACACGCGCUGAACACAGAACAAAAUGUCAAGUUUGACGUGGAAAUAAUGAGGAAAGAGAACUACGAGAAAGAGAUUCAGCGCUUACUAAGCUCAUCAAAAACGCUGGAUCACUCCCAAAAUCCUUGCACGAGUGAGGCGUUCGUUCCCGACGAAAAAGCCAAAAACUUUAUAUUUUACAUCAAAAUGGACCACCCAACUGACUGGGUCACGUGGAACGGCUUAGCUAAAUGUCUCAAGAUAUGGGACUUGGAUGUGCGAGGCUUCCACAAAAGCAUGUGGCGUUUAUGGAUCAAGGGAAACCAUGUUUUGAUUGUGGGCUGCCCAGCGUCUCCGUACUGCAGCCAUAAACCGGCGGAAGUGACACCUAUCUUUAUACCUAAAAAAGAAGAUGAGCAGUCAUAGUAUUUGAACUGCGGUUUUCAGGUGGCUUUCAGAAAUAGUUUUCUACUAGCGUUAGUUCUGCCUGAGCUCUUUUAUUGAAUAUAAUCAUGCCGUAUGUUCUGAACCAAUCAGAAUGAGACCAGUUAUGAUUUGGUUCGGCUGGUUGCAUGUUUUCCCGCGCUGCCCUUUUCCGAUGCUCGUUCAUUGGAUUUACAUUUUCCCGCGUUUUCCACUUACAUGUUUUCCUGGGCUUACACUCAAUAGAUAUUUUUCCCGCGCUUUCCACUGGUUACAUAUUUUCCCGCGCUUUCCAUUGGUUACAUAUUUUCCUGCGCUUUCCACUGGUUACAUAUUUUCUUGCGCUUUCCACUCGUUACAUGUCUUUCCACGCUUUCCACUGCCCACAUGUUUUCCCGCGCUUUCCAGUGGUUACAUAUUUUCCCGCGCUUUGCCACCGGGUGCGAUUUUGUGAUUGGUUCGUGACGCUGUUUUCGAGCCAGGGCUCCUCGUUUUAGUUCUGCAUCAGUCAUGAGAAAACCGUAGUAGUUUGUUGUCGUGUUUUUUAGCAAAAUUAGCAACGUCUUAAUUAUCUCUGGUUAAAACUUCUUUGCCAGAGAACGCUUUUACACAAGAUAGUUUGUAAUCCUGAUUACUCAACCAUUUUUUAAAUUAACACGAAUAGGUAACUUUUGAUAAUUUUACAUUUUUAAAGUCUGGUCUACGCCAGUGACGGAGUCCGACUACAAGUCAAAUGCGUAGAAGCCCUACAAAUGUUACGAUUCGCAAAAGGAAGCCAAAGGAACUGUACUGACGUAAUAAUUACACCCACUUGAGUUAAUUAUGUCUCUAUGAAUUCUCAAGCUCCUUGGUGUAAACCAGGCCUUAGGUGGCAAGAUAACUAUCAAUUCCAGAGGCAACACCGACUGUUUCGGCGGAUGUACUACAUGACAGAAAUAAACGUUUGACAGUCUCUCGCUUUGAUUUUUGUGUGCCCGCUGAUUCAGGAUGCGAAAUUAACCUUUCUUUAAAAACUC